AUGAGUGUCUGGUCGUCGAAGGCAUUUUGGCCACUCGCGCCGGCGUGCUAUCACGAGCCACGUGUGCAUGAUCACUCUUUGUACUUCUAUUUGAGAAAGCUCAACGUCUACCUAUUACUGCCAAUAGCGGUAAUGGGAAUUGUUUUCAAUGCUAGCGCUUUGGCGUUUCUCUACCGACCACCUAGGAUAACGUCAGGUGUUUCUGUGUAUCUGAAAGCGUUGCUGAUUAUGGACCAUGCUCAACUGUUCACUACGGUUGCUACUGUUUUCAUGCCACAAGUUUGCGAUCUCCAUCAUUCUGGCAAUCAUACACUUUAUGGAUUCUGCAUGUUUGAGAGGCGAUUUCUCAAACAUGCAAUGCCGAGGAUCGAGGCGACAGUGAACACAAUUCAUGUCUGGACAAUUGCUGCACUGUCUGCUCAUCGUUACUGGAAGGUGUCUCGACCAGUUGCUGCUCGAAUGAAGGACACAACUUCGAAAGCUCACUGCGUGCUGUUGCUUAUGUUCGUUGCAGCGCUUUUAUUUCGUCUUCCAACAUUUUUAUUUGAGCUACAAACCAGUUGGAGGCCAAUCCUUCUCAUCACUAAGAGAAUUGACACGACCGAGAUUCUUUCUCCAUAUAGGUUUGUUUACCAUUCUAUACUUGACCCACUGUUGGAUAAUAUCUUACCAUUUAUAUGGAUGAGUUUGUUUUCAUUAAUGACUCUAUCUGAAAUAUUUCGAAGCCGCCAUUUGGAAUACCAGAAAUUAGGCAAUCUCUUCUCUAAGGAGACUGGAAUAAAAGAGUUGCUUGCGCAGUGUUUCAUUGCACUAUCUCACCUAAAUCGACAGCGGCAAAAGUUGCGUGCUACGGUUUCGAUAGUUUCAGUAAUUGUGCUAUAUUUAUUGUUGCACACGCUUAGAUUAUACCUCAUUGCGCGAAAGUGGCAACUGCUAAUAAAACGGCAAUGUCCCACUAGAUCAGACUAUUUCCACUCCUAUGUAGCGUAUCUGUUCUCAAUGACGUCUGCAUCCGUGAAUGCUUUCGUUUUCAUUGGUUUUACUAAUCGAGUAAGGAAUUGUGUGCAAGUUAUUAUUCGACGAACAAGUCAAAAACUGUUAACUUAUACCGAUGCUCCAUUGCCUGCUAGAAGCACACAAGAGUCUUAUCAGUUGCAGAAAGAGUAA